CUUCUCUCUUUUUUUUUUUAUAUAUCCCAUUACCAUCAUCUCAUUCUCAUCUCAUAAUCUGAUUCCGUGUGGUUCAGCAUCUCUACACUCGUUCAUGAACCUCGACUGAUUCUCCCUCCCUCUCUUUCUCUCUCUUUUUAUUUUUAUUUAUUUUUUAUUUUUAUUUUUUUUUUAUAACGACCUUGUUGCAUCUUUUCAUCACCUCAUCAUCUCAUCUUUCCGUCCCUGACAAUCGAGUCCACAUCUACAUUGCACAAACACUGAAAACAAAACUUCUUCAUCCACAUUCAUUCAUCUACUUCAUAUAUCGCAUUCCUACUAUUAAACAUACACAAGUCUAUAUACCUUUACCCUGCAAGCAUAUCCUUUGUCGCACUGAACGCGUCAACUAUCCCUUCUCUCUCUCUCUCUUUUUCUUUAUAUUCUUUAACACUUCUAUCUCAAGGAAGACAGGUGCUGGUUCUACAUCUGCUAAUUAUAUAUUUCAUACAAUAUGAGUGACUGGAAACGACAGAAAGUUCAGGACCACAAGUUCGACUUUAUUGAUGUCGAAGACUACAUUGACAACUCUCCCUAUCGCAAAUUCAAAUAUUCGCUUGUCUUUGCAGUUGUCAUCAAAGGCAUAUUGAUUUACUGCGCCGAUUUAUGGACGGCAGUCAACUUGCUGGUGACUAAAAACUGGCAAUUGGCAGGUUUCGAGGGAAACAAAGAACUCAGCUGGGGUGGCAUCAACAUCACCUCCGGAAUUUACAGAUAUCUUUUUUCCGCAUGUAUUAUUCUAUCCUUUAUUUUGCUGGCAUGGGACAUGAAAAAAGCGGUGGCAAUUGUUCAAAGUCGUGAUAUCAGUUAUGCAUUCACCAGCAUGAUCGCCUACAGAUACUAUGCUAUCAAAAGCUACGCUCAUUUCUGUCUGUUCGAAAAGAUCCACAACUCCAAAAAGACAAUGGACGAAAUUGCUUUCUUUUGCUUCUUCACCUUCCGAGGCUGGAAGCGCUUGCUGUUUGCGGAUGGGCCAAGACAGGUUAUCAAUGCGAUCAUCUUGAUGACAAUUAUUAAGAGUCAGGGAAACAGUUUGAAUAUUUUCGAAUACAAGGUCGCAGGAGGAAACACAACAAAGAUCACCUUGGUUCUCAUGACAUUCACGCUUACAUUGUGGAUCAUCUCGAUUCUGCUGAUGCUUGUGGCGGUCUGUCUCUACAUCCCUUUGGUCAUGCAGAUUCAAGGAAACCUCAAGGAAUUCUGUUGCCACAAGAUUGAUAAACGAAUUGAUGAAAUUGUCAAGAAAAAAGCGAAGCAGCGUGCACAGGAGGCAGCCAAGAAUGCAAAGAACGGAAAGGGUGGCGAGACCCCACUUCAAAAACCAACAUUGCCCAAUAUAGACUUGUUUGAGGAAGGCCCUCGAAACUCUCCUAGACUUGCACCAGCUCCAUCGCCAUACAUGGGAGGAUCGCCUGGUCUUCGUAAAGCAAUGCCACCUAACGAUCCCUACCGCCGACAAUACCCACAACAGCCUUCACGGCCAUAUUCCCCAGCCCCCGGAAGACCCUAUACCCCUACCAUGGACGACGAUGGCGAUACAAGGCCAUUGCGACAGGAUAAUCAUGCACAGCACUAUCAUAAUCGUAACUUGAGUCAUCAAAAUCACUCCUACGAUUAUCCAGAUGACCGGAGUGAGAUCAGUGAAGGCGCGUAUAGUUCAGGAGGUGGCUAUCAUCCUCAUCAAUAUCCACCAAAACCCAAUAUCCAAGCGUUUCCACAUCGACGACAGGCUUCAGAUACCAGCACAGUCUUGAGUGGUUCGAACCAAGGCAGUGUGGUGAGCGGAUACGGACCAAGCCGUGGAGCAAGGCCUCAUCCACUCCAGCAGCAGCAUACCGGACAUGAACUCGGUAAUGGCAAUCAUUUCUCAGAUACAGUCAUGUUGACAGAUAUGAGUGGCCAUCGUGGCCCGCCCAACCCUUAUAGUGGGAUGAAUGGAGGUAACGGUGGCUACCAUGGACCGCCCACAGGUCUGGGCGGUGGUGUCCAUCCUAACCCUAAUGGAAGCGUUGUAAGCGGUUCCAGUUACGUGGAACAGCAGCGUGGGCACUAUCAGCAAGGCCCAUAUCCAUCGAACCGGCCUCACAAUUAAAGCUGUAA